AGAGGUGGCUGCAUUUCAGUGCUGGUAGCCGCUCUGCCACCGCUCCCCCAGCUCAGCGCCAUGUCGGAGGGCUGGGUGGACUGCCCCACCCUGGGGCCCGGAUGGAAGCGCCGCGAGGCCUACCGCCGAUCCGGGGCCACCUGUGGACGGACGGACACCUACUAUCAGGGCCCCAACGGCGAGAAAUUCCGCAGCAAGAUCGAGCUCACCAGGUUCCUGGGGCCGUCGCAGGACCUGACCAACUUCGACUUCAAGAACGGUGUGCUCCGUGACCCGCCCCCCAAGGUGAAGAAGGUCCAGAAGAGGCACCUCUCACUGUCGGAGCCAGAACUCCCAAACCCCCCUGAGCAGCUGCCCCCCAAACAGCGACCCGUGAAGCCGGAGCCCCCAGAGCAGCCGCCCCCGGAGCAGCGGCCUCAGCCCCUCCCAGAGCGACGCCCCCGGAAGCGUCCGGCGCCCCCGCUGGAACCGCAGGAGUCUGCACAGGAUGGCGUAGUGGCAUGCUGCGCCAGCUGCCAGAACUGCUUCCCCGGGGUGAUGCUGCCCAGCCAGAGACGCUGCCGCUGGCUGUGCCCGGACUGCCGAGCCCAGAGGAGAGACUUCAACAGGGAGCAGCGGUACUUCAAGCGGGUGGGCUGCGGGGCCUGCCAGGCCUGCCAGAUCCCCGAGGACUGCGGCAUCUGCACCGUGUGCGCCGUGCGGGCCGAGGACCCCCAGCUCCGGAUCGGCAGGAAAUGCCUCCUGCGCCGCUGCCUGAAAAUCGUCAAGAAGGGCUUCGGCUGCGGCACCUGCCAGGGCUGCCAGGCCACCGAGGACUGCGGCAGCUGCUACAUCUGCCUGCGGAGGCUGAAGCCCGGCCUGAAGCGGCAAUGGAAAUGCCUGAAACGCCGCUGCCUCAAGAAGAAGAAAUCGGUGGUGGCGAAGAAGGCAGGGUACGGCCCCCGGAAACUGACCGUCGACGGGCCCCCCGCCAAGCCCCAGCUCGCCCAAGGGAGGCGCCGCAGGAGGCUGCCAGCGGCUGGGCCCAGCGCUGACGGCCUGGCCCCUAAACCUCGGCGCCGUAAGAGGUUAACCCCUGCUGCCGCAGCCACAAAAUGGAAGCCGUCGCUGGAGCGAGACCCCGGUGGCCUUUCGGGCUCCCGGCGCAGGAAACAGCUGGGUAAAGUGAAGGAGAAGAAGAAGCCGGGCCGGCCGCCGAAACACCCGAGUGUCAGGGCCCGGAGCAGUGUGCUCUGCUCCAAGAGCCGGCGGAGCCGCAAGUGCGGCGAGUGCGAGGCCUGUCUGCUGAAAGCCGACUGCGGCCGCUGCGACUUCUGCCGGGACAAGCCCAAGUUUGGCGGGGAGAACCUCAAGCGCCAGAAGUGCCGCUGGAGACAGUGUCUGCUCUUCGCAAUGAAGCGGCUGCUGCCGGCGGUGUGGAGCCGCGGGCAGGCGGAGGAGGGGGCGGGGGCGCGCCCCCGGAAGGCCUGGAGGCGCAGGAUCGGCCGCAGCCGCCAGCCGGCCCGGAUCAAGCAGGUGGGGCGGCGGGUCAAGGGGAGCGGCCAGCAGCGCUGGGUUCGGGGCAGUGCCCUGCCGCAGGAGAAGGAGCGCCCGCCGGGCGGGGAGCUGCGGUUCCUGGCGGAGAAAGGGGUCACUGAGGCGCCCGGGCAGCUGGUGCUGCUGAAGGACCGGCCGGGCAGGGACUUUGUCCUGCUCCGCGACGCCCCCCAGAGAUUCCCCCUCCUGCUGCAGCACGUGAAGGAGGAGCCGGCCACACCCCCGCCCCCUGGCCGCCUGGAGGAGCCGGCCCCCACCCUGCUCAUCUCCGCCCCGCCCCUGGUGAAGCAGGAGCCUGGAUGGGACCUUGCACCGGUGCCAGCAGGGGUGCCCCUGCGGAUGGAGGGCCGGGGGCUGGCCAGGGAAGUGGUGGUUCUGGACCCAGCUGAGAAGGACGAGGAGGAGGAGGAGGAGCGCACCCCGGUGAUCAUGGAGAUCUACAGCCUGGGGGCGCUGGCGGGGCGGGCGCCCCUGGACCCGGUGCUGCGGGAGUUCCUGGCCGAGCUGCAGGAGAUCCCGCUGCCGGCCCACUGGGAGGUGCAGCCGCCCCUGGGGGGGCCCGACCUGCGGCUGGUCCAGCGCUCGGCCCGCUCCACCAUGGCCGCCACCGUCAUCCACAUCCGCCCCGGCCUCUUCUUCCAGGUGGUGGCGCGCCAGCUGCCCGUGCCCCCCGAGCACGAGGUCUACGCCAGCCACCCCGCCCGCCUCACCACGGUGGACGAGGUGGUGGAGCUGAUCUGCGACCUGGAGGCCUAUCGCCUCUGCCCCGGCUGGCCGGCCGGCUGGCACGCCGGGCAGCGCUCCCAGGCCUGCGACGUGCUGGUCUACUCGGGCUCCUGCCCCCAGUGCCGCCUGAACCCCUGGCCCUCGGGGAGCGCCGGCCCCUAGGCGCCCCCGCGCCCCCAGAGCUUCUAUUUUUGACACUGGAAUCGGCUGGACCCUGCCGGGUGGGGGGGGGAGAGGGUCAGAGGUGGGCACGG